CGGGGCCGCUGGCUGCACUCAGUACCGGAGCCGGAGCCGCGGCCGCCGCCAUGUCCCACCAGACCGGCAUCCAAGCAAGUGAAGAUGUUAAAGAUAUAUUUGCCAGAGCCAGAAAUGGAAAAUACAGACUUCUAAAAAUAUCUAUUGAAAAUGAGCAACUUGUGAUUGGAUCUUGUAGGCAGGCUUCAGAUUCCUGGGAUAAGGAUUAUGAUUCCUUUGUUUUACCCCUGUUGGAGGACAAACAGCCAUGCUAUAUAUUAUUCAGGUUAGAUUCUCAGAAUGCUCAAGGAUAUGAAUGGAUAUUCAUUGCCUGGUCUCCAGAUCAUUCUCAUGUUCGUCAAAAAAUGUUGUAUGCAGCAACAAGAGCAACUCUGAAAAAGGAGUUUGGAGGUGGCCACAUUAAAGAUGAAGUAUUUGGAACCGUAAAGAUAAUAACUCAUAGUCCAUUUCUGUGCUUACAGGAAGAUGUAUCAUUCCAUGGAUAUAAAAAAUAUUUGCUGUCACAAUCUUCCCCUGCCCCAUUGACUGCAGCUGAGGAAGAAUUACGACAGAUUAAAAUUAAUGAGGUACAAACUGACGUGGGUGUGGACAGUAAACAUCAAACACUACAAGGAGUAGCAUUUCCUAUUUCUCGAGAAGCUUUUCAGGCUUUGGAAAAAUUAAAUAACAGACAGCUCAACUAUGUACAGUUGGAAAUAGAUAUAAAAAAUGAAAUUAUAAUUUUGGCCAACACGACAAAUACAGAACUAAAAGAUUUGCCAAAGAGGAUUCCCAAGGAUUCAGCACGUUACCAUUUCUUUCUGUAUAAACACUCCCAUGAAGGAGACUAUUUAGAGUCUAUAGUUUUUAUUUAUUCAAUGCCUGGAUACACUUGCAGUAUAAGAGAACGGAUGCUGUAUUCUAGCUGCAAGAGCCCUCUGCUAGAAAUCGUAGAAAGACAACUACAAAUGGAUGUAAUAAGAAAGAUUGAGAUAGACAAUGGGGAUGAACUGACUGCAGACUUCCUUUAUGAAGAAGUACAUCCCAAGCAGCAUGCACAUAAGCAAAGUUUUGCAAAACCAAAAGGUCCUGCAGGAAAAAGAGGAAUUCGAAGACUAAUUAGAGGUCCAGCCGAAACUGAAGCCACUACUGAUUAAAAUCAUUAUAUUAAAUGUUGCAAUACUAGUUUUUUAAAAGUCCAGCUUUCAGUACAAGAGAACUGAAAUCAUUCCAUGUUGAUAUAUAGGAGGGAAAAAAUUGUACUUUUUGAAAAAUAGCACUUUUCACUUCUGUGUGUUUUUAAAAUUAAUGUUAUAGAAGACUCAUGAUUUCUAUUUUUGAGUUAAAACUUAGAAAAGGGUUCAACAUAGUAAUGUUUAAUUUUGUCACACUGUUUUCAUAGAAUGUUGGUUCUACACUUUCACAUAAUUCUUAAAAUUUUAUACAGUUGAGCCAGUUCCAGAAAGUCUAAUGUCUCAAAGUAGAUAUACUUCUUACUACUCUUUAGUGAGACACCUGAAUUUUUUUUUUUAAGACAGAAAGACCUUAAAAUAUUCAUAGUACUUAAUGAAUAUGUUAAGGAUCAGGUUAGAUUAUUUUCUAAGGUAAAAAUUUAGUGUGCCUGAAAAAAAGAUGGGAAGUUGCUUACUCUGAAGAGCUGUGCUAACUAUCAGACUGUGGGAACAUGUCUGCAACUUUUAGAAACAGUGCUUUAUUGCAGCAAUCUUUUCUAUUUGACUCUUUGGUUUUUUUAAUGGCAUUGAAGUUCAACUUACUCUGAAACUUUAAGGGUACCAGAUAUUUCCUAGACUGCAGGAUUUCUGAUGGCAUUGAAGGACUUUAAACAGCCUUAGUAAAUUCUCUAUCUAGUGCUUUAGAAAAUUUGUUUCCAGAUUGUCAUUUCAUUAUAAGUACUGUGAGGCCAAAUAUUUAUGUUUAGAUUGAAAUUCAAAUUAAUAUCAUUCAGAAGGAAACAACUAAAGUUAAAAAUGCUGAAGAAGUUGUAAACAUCAAGAUCGAUUUUUUUUUUCUCCAAAACCAUGUAUUUAUAGGUAAAUGAUCACUUUUAUCACUUUACCACUUUUGAGCAAAUAUUCAGAUUUAAAAUUGUUUUAAAGUCCUAGUGCUUAGCUUAACACAGAUAAACACUUAAGAAUCUUGUUUCAAUUAAUACCUUAUUUCAAAACACAUUUAACUGUUUUGUAAAGCUUUGCCCACUUUCAGUUACAACCUAGAGAGAUUUUGAGCCUCAUUUUUCUUUGAUACUUGAAAUAGAGGGAGCUAGAACACUUCAUGUUUAAUCUGUUAAACCUGCUGCAAGAGCCAUAACUGAAGAGUUUUCUAAAUAAACGGGGGGGAUCCAGGAUUUGGAAUUUCUUGAUCUAAACUUUAUGCUGCAUAAAACAAAUAUGAGAAAUGCACAUUUCAUUUAUAAAAUAUGAAACACUAAUUUCUAAACCUUAUUAUCUAAGGUAAUAUAUGCACCUUUCAGAAUUUCUGUGUGUUCAAGUAAGUAAAGCAUAUUAGAAUAAUUAUGGGUUGACAGAUUUUUAAAAAUAGAAUUAAGUAUUUGCGUGGGGUUUUGUUUGUUUACAAGUAAUCAGACUAUAAUAUUUAAACAUGCAAAAUAAUCAGCGGCAAAGUUGCACUUGUUUACUGAAGAUACACUUUAAGUUGUUCCAUGGGUGUGCACAUAGACAGAUGCACAUACACACAAAUUACUGCAUUAAGAAUCCUGGAGCCGUAUUGCAGACCAUAGCUGAAGCUGUUAUUUUCAGUUGGGAAGAAUGUUACCUGUCAUGAAGGUAUAAAAUAAUUUAGUAGUGAAUGUUUUUCUGUACCAUCCAUGUGCAAUUUUACUCUAAGUUCCUCUACACUACAUGAAAGUAAAUGGACAUUCCAGAAUAUAGAUGUGAUUAUGUAGUCUUAAACUAAUUAUUAUUAAACCAAUGAUUGCUGAAAAAUCAGUGAUGCAUUUGUUAUAGAGUAUAACUCAUUGUUUACAGUGUGUUUUAGGUGGCAUCAUCAUAACUAGAUGGUGAAUAACAUAUUCCCAAUAAAUUUAUACAGCAGUGAAGAAUUACAUGCUUUCUUGUGAACAUUUUA